CUCAGCCGCCUCCGCUGGGACCCGCGAGCGGACCCCGCGGCCGCCACCGUGGAGUACCGCGACCGCUUCGUGGGCGUCGUGGAGCGGCCGCUGCUGGAGUUCUUCACGGGGCCGCUGUGCGACGCGGGGCCCGCGGACCUGGCGGUGCCCGAACACCGCAUCGUGCGCAUCCGCUACCGCGGGCGGUGCGUGUGGGACCGGGAGAAGCGCAUCGAUCGCGUGUUCGGGUCGGGGGGGGGAGUGGGGACCGGGCGGGAGGUGCUGGAGGAGCCGGGGGAGGGUUGGGCGGACUGAGGGAGGGGGACCAACCCCCGAAGUGCCGUCGGGGGUCCUUCUGUACCCCGGAGGCGACGCUGAGGUCCCCUCUGCGCUGGGGACGUGGGGAUGCGGACACCUGGAGCCCUUGGCUGCUCUGACGUGGGCACAG